CAGCUUCAACUCAAACCAGCGUUUCACUUUUUUAUUUCGAACCAAACUCGUCUUAAUUCUAAGAUGUGAUGAUUGUGGCGGUGACGGACAUUUCCUCUUGGCAGCGCGGGGCCCCCCACAGGAGAGCCACAAAGCCGUGGCACGUGUGCAUUUGUAUAAGGGCCCAUCAGACCGUAAAAGGAGGAGGGUCCCGGCGUGUGCCUGAGCAGGGGAGGGGCCGAGCGCACACAUUAAUGUAAUAAACCGCCGGUACAUCUGCUAAGCUAUCUGCACAUCCUCCAACGAAAUCCACCAAAGCCAGACUCUGAGCCCUCCCACAAUCAAAUCCACUGGGGUCUUGGUUUCAUCCGAUUGGUCAGGGAUGCAGCGACAGGGGGGGCGAGAACAAUAGCAUCAUUCCGGCAUAAAAAGAGUGGAGCUAUGCCUUGGAGACGAAAACAUUUCAGCAACAGAAGGAUCAAUAUACUGGGGAGAUAAAGUCCCACAAGCUUCUAGUGUUUGCCAUAUUUUUAACCAACCUGGAUACUCGAGACUUCGCCCUCCUCCCCGAAGUGCCUUUCAGCCGCCACUUGCCAACAUGCCCAAAGGAUUCCUGGUAAAAAGAAACAAGAAAUCUGCACAUGUUUCCUACAGGACUCGGUCAGAGGAAGAUGACCUCCAGGAGCCACCCACCCCAGCUGCCUUACCGAGUCAUGCGGACCCCUCCCCGCCCAUGUCCGUCGCGUCCAGUCCGGAGCGCGCCGCAGCAUCGCCAGAUUUCAGAGCAGCUGACGUUCCGGUGCCAAGACUGGAGAAGCCGGCGCAGUUCGGCAACCCGGAGGCGGUGUGCCAAGCCCUGUACAGCCCCACCCGGCCCAUCAGCAAGGAGCACGACAGAGGAUAUUUUGAGCGAAGUUUCAAUCUGGGCUCGCCUAUUUCUGCCGAGUCAUUCCCGACACCUGCCUCCCUCUCCGGCCUGGACCAUCUCCUCUACGCCCCAGUCGACCUGAAAAUCGGUACCAGCAACAGCAGCCGCAGCGGCACCACCACCACCAGCAGCAGCAGCUCCAGCAGCAGCAGCAGCCUCCCGGCACCGAGCAACCGGUUCGGCACUAAAAGACCCGCAGUUGACGGCGCAGAGCGCAAACCUAAACCCGCCGCCAAGAAACCCAAAGCCAUCAGAAAACUCAACUUUGAAGACGAGAUGACGACUUCUCCCGUGCUCGGUCUCAAAAUCAAAGAGGGGCCGGUGGAGAUGAAGCCGAGGGCGCCGUCCUCCGCGGGGAACAAGCCUCUGGGGGAGUUCGUGUGUCAGCUGUGCAAAGAAGCGUACGCGGAUCCAUUCUCUCUGGCGCAGCACAAGUGCUCGCGCAUCGUCAGGGUCGAGUACCGGUGUCCAGAGUGCGAUAAGAUGUUCAGCUGCCCGGCGAACCUCGCCUCUCACCGCCGCUGGCACAAACCACGCACCACCGGUGCGCAGCAGCAGCAGCAGCAGCACAUCAAAGCUGAAAUGGCCAAAAUCCCCCCACUGGGUGUCAAGUCAGUGAUCGACGAAGCCAAAGACAUGAGUGACAGGGACACCCCGAGUCCAGGUCUGUCCGAGUCCGGCUCUGAAGACGGCGCCUAUGACUGCCAGUUCUGCGGGAAGAGGUUCAAGCGUCAGGCAUACCUAAGAAAACACAUCAUGGGACACCAAGCCCUGCAGAAGAAAGUGCUGGAGGAGCACGGGUUUCAAACCAGCGACCCCCGCGCUGUGGAGCAGGCACCUGUGCCGCCAUCCUCCUCCUCCUCCUCUUCUUCCUCCUCCUCCUCCUCUUCAUCAUCCUCCACUGCACCCCCAUCCUCCUCCUCCUCCUCAGAGGAAGCCUCAAACCAAAGCCCCCUCAACCUGAGCCCCGUGGACUGCCUGCUGUGCCCGGUGUGCGGGGAGAGUUUCACCAGCAGGGCCGCUCAGGAGCGACACCUGCGCCUCAUGCACUCCUCCCAGAUUUACCCGUGCAAGUACUGCCCCGCCACUCUGUACAGCUCGCCGGGACUCACCAGGCACAUAAACAAGUGCCACCCCUCGGAGAACAGGCAGGUGAUCCUGCUCCAAAUGCCGGUGCGCCCCGCCUGCUGAAGACAGCGCUCAACUCGUGCCUUUAAAGAAGAGAGUGGAGGAUGAGGAGGAUGAUGGAGGGAGGGGGGGAUUCAAAAUAAAAAUAAAAUAAAUGAAAGGAGGAAGAAAACAAAAAAGAAGUGGCUCUGAGGAGGAAAAAAGAGUGACGCUCACUGCCACAACUUAAGGGCCAAUGAAAGGCAGUUUGACGCGGUUUGAUGUUUAAGUGGUGUCUUAUUAUUCUUCUUCAUGCCAAUCAGUGAUUGUUGAACGCUUCUCUCUCUCUAUAUAUUUGAAUAUUUUGAGAUUUUUGUUCCUUUUCUCAAAUUAGUUUAUCAAGUUGAAAAGAAAAGCAAAGCAUACAAAGCGUUAGUUUGACUGUUAAAGGGUAUUUUUCUAGGACAGCACCUGUGUUCAAUGAUAGCUUCUAGACCUAAGAGAAAAAGAAAACGUCUUAAAAGUCUCAGAAACCUCCUUUUCCCUCGUCUCCAUCAGAGCCUUGGAUGUUGGAUCCGCGGACCGUGACUUGCUGUAGCUUUACGCGCGUGCUCGUGGACCACAGAACUUUGUCUUGAUGGGGGGUGAAAAAGAAAAGUGUGACUGAAACAUUCCCUGUUUAGUAGAACCACAAAUGCCUUUAGUGAAAAAAAAAAACACAAAUAGUGUGAAAUAGUCCACAAACAUAAAUACACACACAU